AUGUCAUCCAGGGGCUCCUCUCCCGCGGAAGGGUCAUCCGGCUCCUCGCCAGAUCCUGAUAGUCGCCAUAGUUCAUUAGUUUUCCGAGAUAAAGGAAAGGCGACCGAGAGCGCUUCCAAAAGAAAGCGGACCUUAACUAAUGGCGCAGAGCAUGCCAAUUCGCGGCAGCGUACGCGUGAGCCGGAUGCUCAGGGCGGAGUUGAGGGAGAAGAUUUCGACCCAGAUCAACCCGCGGAAGAGAGACGCUACCUUCAUCGCGGUUAUCGGGGUCUCUUCCAGAAUCUAUACGACAACAAUGAUGAGUAUCUAAAAGGAGAUUCAACAGGGUUAAUAGAUACUAUAUGGAAAGCAAAUGUGCUGUCGUCAGGUGUGAAGCAAACUGCAGAGGCAGUUAUGGAUUCCAAGCUUCUAGUGAGCACGGCGGAUGCAUCAUACCGCAAGACAGUUCGCCUAACUGCGGGCAAUAUUGCUCAAGGUGUUGAUGUAGACGAGUUUGUCUCAAAGUGUAUCACUUAUAUGAGACUAGGAUCGGGGAUUACGGAAGACGACGCACCAGAACUGACUGCUACACAACAACAUCGGAGGAGGCCGGGUCGGGGAGCCCUAGGGGAUGAAGGGGACGAUGAUGAUGAUAUCGGCGACGAGGGUGAUAUGUUUAAUUGGGGGCAUCUUGGUCGAUUCGCUUGCCUUCCAAAUAUUAAACGCCCAGCAACACCAGGUUUUCUCCUCGGUCCCCUCUCUGCCGAAGUAAAGAAACGAAAAAUCAUCAAACGUAGUGCUCCAUUCAGACCGAACAAUCUCCAGGAAACACGGCCCGAGGUUCUAGAUGCUGAAGCUGUACAAAGAUCGGAAAAGAACGAUCUUACUACUAUCUGCUCCAAGAUUCUUCAGAGGCUGAAGCAGGCGCAGGAAACAGCCCAGGAUGCUGUAGAGGAUGCCUUCAACCGCGGUGCAAGCGAUGAAGAGGCACAAAAACUGAUGGACCGCUACGGCCUAAGAGAUACGGGUGGUAUAGAUCUCCUGAGAUUCGUGGUAAAUCCACGGUCCUUUGGACAAACUGUGGAAAAUAUGUUCUACGUGAGCUUUCUAAUUCGAGACGGCCGUAUUAGAAUCGACUUCGACGCGAAGAAUUUGCCAACUCUGAGCUCAGUCGAUCGUGAAGAUGACACGGCCGCCUCCAAGCAUCGAGCUGAGAAACAGCAAGCUGUAUUCUCUAUUGAUAUGAAGACAUGGCGUGAUAUCAUCGACGCGUUCAACAUCACCGAACCGAUCAUAGAACACCGUCAAGAAGAAAGCCACCAAGGGCCUGGGUCUCGGGGUUGGUACAAUUAG